UUUAGUUUAUUUCCCGUCUUAUUUCCCCCUCUUUCUUCCGGCCUUUUCCCCCUCAAACACGAAACGAUUCCCAAUAAUUUCCCUCUCAAUCCAUUAUUUGGUUUUCUUUACCAAAUCCUUCAGGGAAAGAGAUAAAGGGCUUUCUUAUACUUGUGUGUUUGAGUAGUAAUUUGUAGUUCUUCAUUAGCACAGUGACAGUCAUUGCAUCAUAGCGACGCCAGGAAGAGGAGUACGUUGAAUCCAAUUACAGCAGCCAUGACUGACUAUGCACAGGAGCAGGAGAUGGAAAUUGACGCAUUGGAAGCUAUACUUAGGGAUGAGUUCAAAGAAAUUCACUCAAGUGAGAGUGGCCUUAACACUUAUGGUAGAUGCUUUCUGAUAACACUAUCUCCACAGGUACGAGGUCUCUUUUUUCCACCUGUUCUACUUUUGGUGCAUGGAGGAUGAGACAGAUGAAUCAACAACUAUGCCAGCUGGGUUUGAUUUUCUCGCAUACAGAGAAAUAUCCUGAUGAACCUCCACUUUUGAAUGUGAAAAGUAUUAGAGGAAUCCCGGUAGAAGAUCUAAAGAUUUUGAGAGAAAAGCUUCAGCAAGAGGCAUCUGAAAAUCUUGGUAUGGCUAUGGUCUACACACUUGUGACAUCAUCUAAAGAGUGGCUAUCUGAGCGAUUUGGUCAAGAAAGUAGCCUCGAGAUUGCUGAAGCAGAAGAAAGGGCGAAAGAAGAUAUCAUUGUACCACAUGGAGAGCCUGUCACCCUUGACACGUUUUUAGCAUGGAGGGAAAGAUUUGAAGCAGAGAUGGCGCUGGAACGAGCCAAAAUAAUGCCGGAAUCAGCUCUUACUGCACCGAAGGAAAAGAAACUUACUGGCAGGCAGUGGUUUGAGAGUGGAAGAGCUUCUACGAAAGGUGCAGCCCCAGUUACUGAAGGAUCCGACGAAGAAGAUGAUGAAGAUAUCGACUUUGACGAGGAUGAUUUCGAAGAUGAUGAGGAAGACAUGCUCGAGCACUUUCUUGCUGAGAAAUCAGAGUCAUCCGCUCACUCAUCCAGAAGGCCUUAGCUAUAUAUAUCAGUUCAUUUGGUUCACCACAAGAAUGGGGGUAUCAAAUUUUGGCUCGUAGUCUUGGUUUAUUCAACUUUUUGUUAUAUUGGGCUGUGUUCAAAUGAUAUCAAUGAUGAUCUUGGAUCUUGUUUUGGUUAGAAAGAACAGCUAGUGGAGGUAGCCAUUUCAUAUGUUUGUGGUACAUUUACUAUUUAAUGAAAGAUUCUUAUUCAAAACAUAA